AUGAAGACUACAGCUGGUGUGCUCCUUUUUCUGAGUCUCUUUGGACUUAACUCUGGUCUUAGAGUGCACUAUUAUGUGAGUAGCAGUAAGACCUGGAAAGAUGCACAGACGUACUGCAGAAACAACUACGAUGACCUGUCCACUGUCAGCGGUUCAACUCUACAAAAGCUCUCCAAUAUUUCUCUAUUAAACUUGAUGGAUGCUUAUUGGAUUGGACUUCAAUCAGAUACAACCCUACACAUUUGGAAGUGGUCUGCAGGUGGACAGGCAACAAUUAAUGAUUGGGCCAAUGGAGAACCAGGAACUUAUAUUGAAAGAUGUGGUUAUGUCUUUGCAGUUUUUUCUCACGUUGAUCAAACAGAUUGCUUACGGCCUAUACCAUUUUUUUGUAUGGAGGACUAUGAGCUGAUCCUGGUGAAACAGGAAAGCACAUGGGAAGAGGCUCUGGACUACUGCAGACAAAACUACCUUGAUCUAGCUAUUCUGAAAUCAGACGCUAGGAUGGAAGAGGCAAAGAUUAACAGCACAGACGCCCAGACAGACGAACUGUGGAUGGGUCUGCGUUUUUUAUCUGGCAAUUGGCUUUGGGUAAAUGGAGAGGAACUUCAAUAUAAGGCCUGGUCUGUGGGACAAGAGCUCCAGUGUCCUGCCAUGAAUCAGCGCUGUGGAGUUUAUGAUAGACAAGAGAUGGUCUGGAAACCUGCAGACUGCGGGAUGAAGCUCAACUUUCUCUGUCACAAAAAGGCAUAA